CUCACAUAGCACAACACAGACCUUCUAAAAAAACUUAUUAUCAAAAUGUUCAAGUUGGUGGUGUUCUCUGCUCUCCUUGCCGUAGCUGCUUCUGCUCCAGGUUUCAUCGAAUCUCAUCCAGUAGUGUACUCGGCGCCCGCCAUUGCCGUGCACGAACCCGUUCUGACCAAAGUGGGUGCUGUUGUGAAAAGCAUUCCCACCUCCAUCUCCCACCAAAGUCAAUCGGUUGUGCACAGCUCGGCGCACUACGUUGAACCAAUUGUUGCACCAGUUAUCAAGACCAGCUAUGUAGCUGCUGCUCCAGUUGUGCAUACCUACACUGCACCCAUUGUGAAGACCAUCGCUGCACCAGUGGUUCUGAAGGCGUGGUAA